AUGACAGGUAAGAUGGCAGUUGGAAAUAUCACCCUGAACUCGGCAGAAAACUCUCCAAACGAGAGCAGCUGCGAUGUUUUCAUCUACCAGAGAGCUGCUGUGGUCCUCUUCCCUAUUUUCUACUCUGUGGUUUUCAUUGUCAGUGCGUGUGGCAACAGCUUGGUUCUCUACGUGAUCUGCCAGAGGAAGCAGAAGUUUAAUUCUACGUCAAUCUAUCUGGUCAACCUUGCACUAUCUGACACCCUGUUCACACUGGCGCUGCCCGGUAGAAUUAUUUACUACAUCCGCCAUUUUGACUGGCCCUUCGGUGACCUUCUCUGCAGACUGACCACACUACUCUUCUUCGCAAAUACGUAUGCAGGUAUUGGCUUCAUGACCUGCAUCAGUCUGGAUCGAUACCUGGCCAUGGUGCACCCCCAGCGGCUGCCGUGUCUGCGGAGUGUGAAGGUUGUUCGCAGGGUCUCCUGUCUGGUCUGGGCUCUGGUGUUCCUGGAGGUAGCUCCUCUGAUGUUCCGCAGUAUGCUUCGUGAGCACCAAGGAAGACAAACCUGUAUGGAGUACUUCAACUUCGAGGGCUCCCGCUUCACCCCGUACCUCCUGAUCCUGGCCUGCACCAUCUCCUUCUGCUGUCCCCUCAUCAUCAUCAUGGCCUGCUACGCUAAGAUCAACCUGAAGCUACGAGCUGCAGCAAAGCACAACUCUGUAACCAGUCGAUCGAAGAGGAAUCACAGGGCCAACACCAUUAUCCUCCUCAUCCUCCUCACCUUCAUCAUAUGCUUCAGCCCUUACCACCUCAACGUUAUGCAGUUCAUGUCUCGAAAGAUACACCACCAGGCGACCUGCGAGGAGCUGAGGGCCUUUAAGGUGUCCUUACAGAUCACAGUUUCGCUCAUGAACUUCAACUGCUGUUUGGACCCAAUCAUCUACUUCUUUGCCAUUAAGACCUACAAGAAGCGAGUGCUAAGCCUGUUUAAGGACUAUCUGUAUACUUCCGGUGCCUCCACCAAAAUGACAGCUGAGAACAGCAGUAGUAACACCUGAGAGAAACCACAGGAGGCAUACAACCAGAGCCACAGAGAAGACCUAGUUUAGCCUAUUUUAGUCUCUCACUUUGACUAAGAAGUCUUUAUGUGGGUUAUUGUGGCAAUUGUGCAUGUGGAGUAAAGGUGCGAUAUAAUGCAGAAGAAAUACAGUUUGCAGGGAAAACAAAUACUUGUUAACCCUUCUGAAUUGUUAAAGGGUUGAUCACAGUCAUGUAUAUUUGAGACAACUGCAUUAAAUUAUGUGUUCUUUAUACAUAUUAUUUUUAUAACAUGAUGAUAUCUCAUGUUUAUCAUUGCCUUUCUUCUUAAUAUGUGUGUGCCCUUCAGUAUUAGUAAUGUAAAAAUAUAUUUGUUGUGUACUUUUUCUGAUUAUGUAUGUGUACAGCGUGAAAGAAAUGUCGUAAACUAGACAAAUAAGCUAUGCCUUUUACUCAUCUCUGCAGAAAACCUUUUGUGGUGAUUAAUAUAGCACAACGGAAACUCUCACUUCCUUCAUGUAGGGAGAAAUGGACCAAGUCA